AUGCCUCCCAAGAGAAACUCAAAAUCCCACAACAAGAACAAGGCAGCGGCGGAGACGAACGCCAUGGGCGACUGCAAGUUACCUCCGGACAUGAUGAUCGCCAUUUUGGCGCGACUACCGGUGAAAUCUCUGUGCCGCUUCAAGUGCGUAUGCAAGCCGUGGUGCAAGCUCGUCUCGAAUCCAGAUUUCGUAAAGCUUCACACCGAUCUGUCCCCGAGAGCGAGAGCCUCCGCCUCCGUUGUUCAGUCGCAUCUCCUAACAUGCUCUGUUUUAGGAAUCAACCCCAACAGGGUUUCUCCCAUUGAGGCAGACCACCCAUACGAAAUCUUCUUGGAUCACUGCAACGGCCUCGUUUGCAUGGGCCGCCCUGCAUUCACCGAUAAGGUUAUUCUCUGGAAUCCUGCCACCAAUCUGUGGAAAGUUCUUCCCGGUUUCAGGACUAAUUUUGGGGCUACGAAGAUGGUAUCGCUGGGGUUCGGGUGCACCGCCGAGGGAGAUGACUUUAAGGUGGUUAGGAUUUCUUGUUUGAAGGGGAAGAAGAUGAAGGUUGGGGUUGAGGUUUACUCCUCCAAGUCUGCUUCAUGGAGAGUAUUGGAUGAUGUGGGAAUCAGGUGUCGAGUCAAGUAUCCCAAGAAUCACGUGAUUGUUAAUGGAGAUCCCUAUUGGGACACUUGCUUCGCCGAGAGACUAAACCAAAAUGGCGAGAUUGAGGAGGCUAGUGCUUUACUGGGAUUUGAUGCUACCCACAUGAAAUUCAAGGUUGUGCCACUGCCCAGGUAUGACAUUGUUGGAAAUGGGCCCAUUGUCAAUUGGGAAGGCUCCAUUGCUAUGCUCGACUGCAUCAAGAAAGACGGCGAUUGGUUACAGGCCAUUGAUUUAUGGUGCUAUCAUGAGGGCGAUGGCGCGUGGAUCCUCAAGAAGAGGCUUGAUGUAAAACACGAUUUGAAGGUGGAUCAAUGCCUUGACUGUUCGAGGUCGGGCAAAAUUGUUGGUGGAUGCACAAACGGGAAGCUCUUCAUCUUUGAUCCCAAAACGGGUGGUGUUGUUGUGAGCGAGGUGAAGAGAGGGAGAGGCUGUUCCUUCCAAAUAUUCGGGUAUGAUGAGAGCUUGGCAUGUGUCAAAGACAUGACCCCUGCUGCUGCGGCUCUCAUCAACAAGGAAGAUAAGCUCGUGUUCAACGACAUAGAGGGCUUCUUCGUCUCCAGUUUCCGCCACAGCAACGGCCAGGUUGCUUGCUACUAUGCCUUGGCCAAAUGA